AUGCGUUCUGCCGCUCUUCUGACAACAUGGGCCACUACUGCUUUGGCGUUCUAUCCAUUCAUUCCAUCAUACAGAGAGGGUGACGACCCAACGACGUACAAGCUCUCCCAGAAGGCCUCUACUCGCAAUGAUGGACUUUCAACGGAAAACGCAGAUCGCGAAGCCCGGCGCUUGAGUCGCAAAUAUGCCUCAAAGGCAUCCCGAACAUCACCCGGCUCAGAGACUCUGGUCGGCAGAGACAACAAGUACCCCGUUGCCACAGCGGCAACGCCUUCCGGGACGAACAGUGUCGGGGUUGACCAAGACGGCACGGACUUCUCAUAUUUUAUCGAAGCAAGCCUGGGGUCAAGCAGCAAAUCCUUGUACAUGCUCUGUGAUACAGGAGCUGGUACCACUUGGGUGAUGGGAUCAGAUUGCGGCUCAACGGCCUGCACAAUGCAUACGACCUGGGGACCGUCAGAAUCGACCACAUCAAAGGCCAUUGGCGAUGGCUUCUCAAUCAAUUAUGGCACAGGGUCGGUCAAGGGAUCGUUGACGGAAGACUCGAUGUCAAUUGCGUCUGUGAAAGUGACCAUGACGCUCGGCGUGGCCAACACUGCCUCUAAUGACUUCAACAAUUUUGCGUUUGACGGUAUUCUGGGUUUGUCGAUGAACAAAGGCGAGACUGACAACUUCAUGGGAAGCGUCAAAGAAGACAAGCUUCUCAAAUCCAACGUGUUCAGUGUUGCUCUCGACAGGGCCGAGGACGGCCCAAACACAGGGGAGCUCACAUUCGGUGGCGUCGACUCCAACAAGUUCACGGGAGGGAUCACCUACACGUCCGUCGACGCAUCAGCCAAUGGAGACUGGGCAAUUGCGAUGGAUAACAUUGGCUAUGACGGCAACAAAGCCGGUGUUACGGGGAGGCUCGCUUACAUUGAUACUGGGACGACCUAUGCAUUCGGCCCCUCUAAGGAUGUUGCGGCUCUUCACAAGGUCAUCCCAGGUGCCAGCAGCUCCGAUGGGGUGACUUUCACCGCGCCUUGUGAUAGCGAUAAGUCCAUCACUGUUACGUUCUCGGGCGUCGACCAGAAGAUUUCGGUCAAGGACUGGCUGUCGGAACCGUCAAGCAGCGGUGUCUGCACGAGCAAUAUCUACGGCCGGGAGGUUGUCAGUGGCGCGUGGUUGCUUGGCGCUGUUUACUUGAAGAAUGUCUAUACUGUGUUUGAUAUCGACCAGACACGAAUCGGUUUUGCAUCCAAGGCAGUGGCUACGUCGACUUCGACAUCAAAAUCAAGCACAAGCACCAGCACCACAGACUCGACAGCCACUCCUAGUGCGAGUGCAAGUGGUACAACUGGCGUAGCGGCUGGCUCAAGUGGCCACGAAACCUCACCAGGAGCAACUGCUGCGGCUGAGACAAGUUCUACCACGACCACAUCCGCGGCAGCAUCACCUGGGAAGCAGUUGAUGCUCGGAACAUACACAUCAAUGCUGUUCAUUGCUGGCGUUGUUGCGAUGAUGAUACAGCAGUGA